GGCAUACGCUUUUCAUUUUUGCACUGUCAACAAUUUACAAUUACUAUGUCACUAGAAUUCAGUUACAGAAAUGUUCCAGAGAACACAUAUUCGGAUAGUAGCAACAAAGGGCAGACAAAUUUACGACGGCGGACGAAAAUAACCGAGAAGAAGAUUGCAGACGAUGAGUUUAUGGCCGCAUCGAUCGGAGAUGUGGAAUGGUUGAAGCAGAGCCUUCGGGACAAAAAAGAUGGUCUAAGUUUUGAUAAAAAUGGCCUCACACCACUGCACUUAGCAGCGAUUCACGGGAGAUUAGACUGCUUGAAACUGUUGAUAGAAAAGCACAAAGUGGAUGUUAAUUUGCCGAGUACAACAGGUUGGCGGCCAGUCCACCUGGCUAUCAGCAACCAGACAGGAAAGCGGGCGCUACAGUGCUUGACAUAUCUGCUCAACAAAGGAGCUGACCCUUCGGUAACAAAUGAGGAUGGCAUAACGCCUUGCCAUCAGGCUGCUAGUGAAGGUCAUGUGCAAUGUCUUAAGCUUUUGAUUGAGGUAAAUGCAAAGGUGAGUGGGAAGGACUGUAGAGACCACACACCCCUGGACCUGGCUAAACUGUGGGGUCACAGAAAGUGUGCCAGAAUUUUGUCAGCUGAGAUAUGGCACAAAGAGAAGGAUCAUGUUGCCAAGGAAAUGAAUCAGUUGAAACGACUAAAGAUGCAACAAGUUCUCAAAGAACUGGAUCAAGAGGAACAGUUUAAAGCAGACCAAGAAUUCUAUGGAGACAUUGCUUUUAAAGAAUGGAUGACCAAGCACAAGUUGGACAAAAAGCCAAAAGGAACUUCAGAAAUGAAACAGUCCGACCUUGCAAAGAAGGAGAAAAGUAAGAUAGGAAAAGAGUCACUGUACAAGGCAAACAGCAUGAGGCCCAAACCAGCGCCUAAAGUUGUGUCAAAACCACCUAUGAAAACUGAAGAGUUUCAGGGGAGAAAAGGUUAUGAUAGUUUUAGAUUAAGCAGUUUGCCUGAGAACCCAGAGUCACAGCAAAAAGAGGAAUGUAGACAUGUAGUCACACCACAAAGGAAGAAGAGUGCACCCCCUAACACCAUAUACACAAACCCUAAUGAGUGGGUCAAGUCAACUAAAGUGCCACCCACAGAGUACACAGUAAACUUGUCUGAUGACUAUCCCAGAGAUGCUUACACCAUGAUGCCUAUCGCAGGCGAUGCCCCCAAAUUUUAUGAUGGUUCCUUCUGGCGUAAAAUCGAGACGCCCAAGCAUGAGGCGGAGAAGCUACGGGGAAAGAAAUUGAGAAAUCCAGAUUUACCCCAUGAAAUGGUUGAGAGGGUGAUGUCGCGAGACCACUCCCGCCAGCAGCGACCGUUCAUCUUCAAGCCAGUCCAUAUUCACGAUGUCAACGUCAAAAGAAAAUUACGGAAGGAAAUAAUGCCACGCAGCGAGGCAUCUUUGCACAUGUGUGAUGACAUAUCCUCCAUUCUGUUUCAGCAGUCUCUCCAGGAGAGCGGUUUACGCCCAGGCUCAUCCAAUUCUCCCUCCAGCAAGUCCUCUUCACGCACGACAAUAACUUCUGAUUUAGAUAGACAGGACAGGGCUUAUUCCGAAACCAAAAUUCUGACUGCACUGCAAAACUUGUCUACCCCAAAAUACUAUCCCCCUGUACGAGGCGAAGAGUAUGACCUGCACCUUGUUAAGUAAUUUAGGGCAAAUUAUGCUGGCUUUUAUGUUUGUAUAAAUGAUUGAAACCUCACUUGGCAGAUGAAACUGUAUACAAUUUCAGGUUGGACAAACAAUACAUUUUACUCUCUACGAAAAGCAUUAUGUCUACAGGAAAACCCUGCGGUCAGUCCAUUUUGCCUCUGCAUUUAUAUGUAAACCAAGCUGAUUUAUAAUAAAUGACAUCAACCUACAUAUCUUAUAUACAUCCAUGUACAUGUAUGUGCAUGUUGUUAAUAUAUAUACAUUUAGAUUCUAAAUGCACAAUCAUUAAACAAAAAUCAUAAUAGUCCCAAUAUAUUUUUCAAAACUGUUUGACUAGGAAGUCGAGCAAUAUGGAAGUUUUGACUUUCGAGAAUACAAUAUGAUGAUGACGUAGCUGUGACGUUGAUUUAUGGCUUGAUGAGGCCGUGGGGAUUUAUGAUGGACUGAAAAUUGAUUUGCCUCAUCGUGCUACAGUGCUAUAAAUUCACUCGCAAAGGCGCAUCAAGAUGAUCUUGUAACAUCAAAACUUGAAGCUCCCAUGCUGCAUUUAAUGGGCAUGACUUUUGUGAUAAGUUAUUAGCCGAGGUACUGCUACCCUUUAUUCAGAUGCAUGAUAAAGGGAGAUAACUCAAGGGAGAUAACCCGUUCAUCCUUCCAACUUAAAACACGAACUGAACUCCCAAUCAUCACACAUGGCUACACCCGGUUUUACUGUGACAUUUGUAGCUGUUGAUCAUGACAUUCUUACGGGUUCAAAGGUAUUAAUGACAUAGGUUUAUAAUUGUUUUAAAUACCACAGUUUAUUGAUUAACUAGUGUUCUUGCUGACUGAAAUGUUGUUCAACAUGUUUCUAGUGAUAAUGAAAUUAUGUUUUUUAUUAUUGUUGAUUUGUGUAGAUUGUUUUUGUUGUUAACUGCUGAUGGUAUAUAUAGGUAGUAUGUUAUAAUACUAUAUGUUGGUG